ACCACGGCAGCCACGAGAGCGCACACACCUUAUGUUUAUGUUAAUCUUAAACCACCCGGGAGUAAACAAGGGCAGCAACAACGCAGUACGGGACGCGAAUCCCCUCCGUACGGUCCUCGGGACCGAGUUUUUCGCCUCCGUUUUCCACGCUGCCAGUGCGAAUUCCUGUACGCAGAGAGCCAGAGAUCCAGCCCGGCCGAAGUAGAGCUGCAAGCGGCCCUCUUCACAACCCGGACCGAUGCAUUCACCCCCAGAGGCUGGCGAAACACCUCUGAUGUGCGGGCUUUACCGUAGACUGCGUGCGUUUGUUGUUUUGGAGACCCAAGGCGCACCAUGGAAUGGUUGCUUUGAUGAAUAAUUUACGGUCUUGCGUUCCGAGGCGACUACCAACAGACCGGUGGCUGCGUCCGACGCCGACUUCCAGGGCCCCGAUGGUGGACUAGAGAGGAGGAAAACACAACCACAACACGGGCCUUAAUUGGAAAAGAGGAAAGACGCAUUUAAAUCCCUUUUACGCUCGUCUUGGCGCUGUUGGAGCCCCGCAGUCAUGGGCAGGAGAGACGUAGCCCCUUGUAUUUCGACGCCGAUCCAGUGUCACUCCAGUUUCGGGUUUAUUUUAUGAGCCUCAACACUUUUUCUCGCCCAUUGUAAGCUUAUUUGGAAAUGAGUGUCGCGGAUGCUUCACCCUCGCCUCACACAAGUGAAUGAUCAUAAAAGCCUAAAAAAGUAUUUUCUUUUUGUUACCUCAUCUUCGAAGAACUGCCUACCUCCUUGUUUCGCAUCAGGUCAGAGUUGUAUAACACAGAGACAAAUCUGCAAGUCCAUGAGCACUGUUUCCACUGUUGAACUGACUUUCAUACCUCAUGAAUCUACCUCAAACACGUUUUCUUUGCUACAACUCACAACUGGCCGAUGUGACUGCAGAUAAAUACCUCAGAUUGCGCAUGUUGUAAACCUGGGUUUGGGUAAAUGCUGCAGAUGGCUUCGUUUCCAGAAUCGGACCUGCAGACCUGCCCGCUCUGCAAGGAGCUGUGCGGCUCCUCUGCUCCCAUUUCCUCAAGCUCUUCUACCUCUUCAUCUUCCUCGCAUACCUCUUCCUCCUCAAGCCAGACCACCAGAAGGCUCCACGUCCUGCCCUGCCUCCAUGCCUUCUGCAGGCAGUGCCUAGAGGGCCAGCGGAGUCCCGGGGACCCCCUGAAGCUGAGGUGCCCCACCUGUGACCAGAAGGUGUGCAUCUCUGAGGCUGGGGUAGACUCCCUGCCUUCCUCAAACUUCCUGUUCAGCAACCUGCUGGACGUGGUGGUGAGCUCCGAGGAGCAGAUCCAGAACAAGAACGGCCACCACAACCACCUCCGGGGAGGCUUGGGUGGAGGCUCCUCGGUUUUCCAUCACCCCCAUGGAGGCCUGCUGCUCCCCAACCACCUGGGAGAGCCUCAGUGCAGCUCCUGUGACGAAGAGAACCCGGCCACCUCUCACUGCCUCGACUGCCAGGAGUACCUGUGUGACAACUGUGUGCGGGCGCACCAGAGGGUGAGGCUGACCAAGGACCAUUUCAUCGAGCGACUGGGGGAGAACCUCCACCUGAGCCGCCUCAAUGUCAACAGCAACACAGGCCAGCAGUCCCUCGCCCAGUCCCUGCAGAACAACUUCGCCCUGCUGUCCCUCUUCCAGGACCACAUGAGCUUCUGCCAGCACCACGACAAUGAGGUGUUUCUGUUCUUCUGUGAAACCUGCUCGGUGCCUAUCUGUCGGGAGUGCAGUUUGGGCCGUCACAUGGGCCACACCUUCGUUUAUCUACAAGACGCCGUACAGGACUGCAGGUCCAUCACCAUCCAGCUGCUGUCAGACGCUCAGCAGGGACGCCAGGCCGUGCAGCUAAGCAUGGAGAAGGUCCAGGCCAUGGCGGAGCAGGUGGAGAUCAAAGCCAAGGUGGUGCAGACGGAAGUGAAGGCCCUCGUGCUCCGACACAAGAAAGCCCUGGAGGAGAGGGAGUGUGAACUACUGUGGAAGGUGGAGAAGAUCCGUCAGGUGAAGGCCAAGUCUCUGUACCUGCAAGUGGAGAAACUGCACCAGAGUCUGACCAAGUUGGACAGCACCAUCGCUGCCGUCAGCCAGGUGCUGGACGAGGGCCGCCACCUGGACGUCCUGCUGGCCCGAGAGCGAAUGCUCACACAGAUCCACGAGCUGAAAGCUCUGAGGGGUCUGCUGCAGGCACAGGAAGACGACCGCUUCAUGUUCACUCCUCCAGACCAGGCUCUGUACAUAGCCGUCCAGUCCAUGGGUCUGAUCAGCAGCGGAGCCUUCGCCCCCGUCACCAAAGCCCACGGUGAGGGUCUAAAAACAGCCCUUCGUGGCAAGCCCUCCUCCUUCACUGUGAUUGGAUACGACCAUGACGGCGAGCCUCGUCUCUCCGGCGGCGACACGGUGUCUGCAAUCAUCAUGUCGGUCCCAGAGGGUAACCUGUCCGCGGCGGAGGUGACGGACCACCAGAACGGCUCGUACACCGUGGGCUACCUGCCCAAGAGUGAGGGGGAGCACCUGGUGUCGGUGCUGGUGUGUAACCAGCACAUCCAGGGCAGCCCCUUCAAGGUGCUGGUGAAGUCCGGGCGCAGCUACGGAGCGCUGGGCUCCCAGGUGGCGGCCUUCGGGAACGAGGGGGAGGGGGAUGGUCAGCUGUGUCGCCCCUGGGGCAUCAGCGUGGACAAGGAGGGAUACGUGGUGGUGGCCGAUCGAAGCAACAACCGCGUACAGAUAUUCAAGCCCUGCGGUGCCUUCCACCAUAAGUUUGGCUCUCUGGGUUCCCGUCCGGGACAGUUUGACCGUCCAGCCGGGGUUGCAUGUGACAGUCAGAGACGAAUCAUUGUGGCUGAUAAGGACAAUCACCGAGUGCAGGUGUUUACUUUUGAGGGCCAGUUCCUGCUGAAGUUUGGGGAAAAGGGUACCAAGAACGGGCAGUUCAACUAUCCCUGGGAUGUGGCUGUCAACUCUGAGGGUAAGAUCCUGGUCUCGGACACCAGGAACCACCGCGUGCAGCUCUUCGGCCCCGACGGCUCCUUCCUCAACAAGUACGGCUUCGAGGGGGCCUUGUGGAAACACUUUGACUCCCCCAGGGGCGUGGCCUUUAACCACGAAGACCACCUGGUGGUGACCGACUUCAACAACCACAGGCUGCUGGUCAUCCGGCCGGACUGCCAGUCGGCUCGCUUCCUGGGCUCCGAGGGCACCGGGAACGGGCAGUUUCUGCGGCCCCAGGGCGUCGCCGUGGAUCAGGAGAACCGCAUCAUCGUGGCCGACUCCCGCAACCACCGGGUGCAAGUGUUCGAGCCCAACGGGAACUUCUUAUGCAAAUUUGGCACACAGGGGAGUGGCUUCGGACAGAUGGACCGCCCCUCCGGUGUGGCCGUGACGCCCGAAGGAGUCAUUGUGGUCGUUGACUUUGGAAAUAAUCGCAUCCUCAAGUUCUAAGAUUUAUUUUUUUGCAUUCUCCGCCUCCGUUUGUCCUUUUGCAGUUUUCUUGAUGAAGGAAAUAGAGGCGAGAGAAUGAAUCAACACACAGGAGGAAGCGGGCGCAGAGAGGGUUGAGAGCAUGCUGCAGUGAAGGGAAAACAAAACUAUAGAUUUUUUUUUCACGUGCAUUGAUAUAUAUUUUCCAAUCAGAGAUUUGUGGUAUGUAUGACAAAGGGGACCUCUACAAAUUGAUAAUCAGUAGAAAAAGCCAUAUUUCCAUCCCCCGGUCUCAGCUGCUCUGAACCCUCUCUGUGAGCUCUCCUUUAGUAUCCAUCUCAGGGAUUUUUUCACUUUUCUUGAAAUCUUGUACCCUCUGCUCCACACCUACCUCAUUUAGCUCUUUAUGAAUGUACUCAUAGUCACUGAGCAGAGGUUUAAAGUCCGUGAAGUUUUACAAAGAAGAAAAGCCUACCUCCUAUACUUUGUUAUUUAAGAAAGACAAAAAAAAGAAUAGACUGUUCAGUUGAUAUUUGCACAGGAUUAAAGACAUUCUUGCUGUGCAUUUUGAAAUAUGAGUUAAAGUGAACCUCCUGAAUGUUGUUGCUGAGACAAUACUCAGACCGCUGUCGAGGCUGCAUGAUUUAUUCUCAUUAGAGGGUUUAUCUCGGAGAAGGAUUUAGUGUCCUUUUUUAUGUUUUAUUUUUUGGGCUAGUUAGUGUUUCGCGUAUGCAUCGACCCUUGUCUCUUUGUGGCUCUGCGGAGUUUGUCAUGAUCGCCUAAGAAGAGAGCGCGAAGCGAUGCCAAAACAGAAAGAAUCAAAAUUAGCUCAGGUCACGUAGGACUGAUUAAAAUGACCAGUACUCUCAAGGCUCCCCCUCUAGCUUUAAUGGCUAAUGCUGAGUUAUUGAGAAUUAAAAAUAUAAAGUCAUCUCCAAAACGAUCCCUAAAAUAAAACCUGUUAUAAAAUACUACGAUCAUCCAGUACUCCCCUUCCCCAAUCAGUUUCAUAAGACUGGAGGAAAUUAUUGUCUUUAUAAAAAUAAGACAACCUGGGUCGUUAUUCUCCAGUGAGUUGCAACUCAAAUGCAAAGUAUGCAAGGAGAGCAGCGUCUCCUCUAAAAGGGAGGACACCAAAGGAUUUUGGUGAUGAAUGAUUAUCCGAGAUCCGGAUCUAUUAGUGAUCUUAACGUAGAGAUUUAAUCAUUUAAUUAAAUGACACCUUUUUCAUGAGGCAUGCUGUGUGACAAAAGCCUCACAAGUAGACACCUGAUUUGGCUGUCCAGAGGACGUUAAUGACAUCAAAUUUAAGGCCCGACAUUUACAAUCCUUUGAAUUUGAGAUGGUGGUUGAAAGCCACCGUCUUGGGCUCCUUGGGGCCCGGGAUUGAGUCCAAUGAGGGGGCGUGAUCAGGAAGCCCUGUCCUAUUUAUUGAUGUUGGGAGUUGAGGAGAAAUCUCCAGAUUGAGCGCUAUUAGACCGAUUCCUCUAAAGAUGGAGGUCUAUAGACUACAAAUACUGGAGUCAACCAAAGUUAGAUUUUUCUGCACAAUGGCCAACUGUAGAUUUGGCCAUUUGAAGAAAAAGAAAAUCCCCUUUAAAAACAUUUUCUUAAUUAAUCAUUGUUGCUGGGAAGUCUGGAGUUCAUGAAGGGCCUGGAGUUGAGUACAUAGCACUGUCCAUGUUAGGCUUAGAAGAACAAAAGUGCAUGUGAGUUUAUCAUGCACGAGUACUUUCACUUCCCGCUAUGACCUGCAGCUUGGGGACCUAGGUAGUGACAGGAGAUUUCUGCAGAGAUGUUCGCGGUGUAGAGAACAGAAGAUACCCGCACCAAAGAUAACCCCCUUUCCCUCUCAUCCAUCGCCUCAUCCCAUCAAACGUGGCCCCUGUUUUGUCAUUUUUAUGCGACCCGUAGACUCAGUGGACUCAGAGUGGCAUCUCAGAUCUGUACCUCAAUAGAAUCGCUACUAACUCUUGCGGGGUUUUGAAUCCCCUUGCCCUUUUUUUUUGUUCGAUCCGUGUCCCACUAGAAGCACUAGACAAUUAUUCGGUUCGGUUAGCCACUCCCUUAGCCUAGCGACGAAUUUUGGGACCUUUUUGAAAAGAAUGACCGACCGGCGCUCCCCUCAGAGGAGAGGGCCCGUCUGCACAUGAUCAGGAUUCACGCCGUCAUAUCUCAGAAAUCCUGUACCUCAACGGUUGUUUUACCUCUUUUCUCGUAUAUAUACCUCAACUCCUGAAUACCUCAAGUGUGUCACUCAUAGCUACUGUGCAUUUAAACAUGGAAAUACCUCAUUUGUUACAUACCUAAUUUUUACUCUUAUAUUUAAGCAUACCUCGUCAGAUUUUUAUGCAUUACAGAUAUACCUCAUUCUUUGAAUCUUCUUGUGUUACAGUGCAGUUAAUGUCCCAUAGCUGUUGGACCAAAGAUCAUGGUUUUGUCCCCGGUUGAAGUAGAGAAAAAAUAUUGUUAUUAUGGUCAUCGCUCCAUCCUGCAACCCCGAGCAGCUUCUUUUGGUUUGUCGAAUCUACUGUAAAAUGCCUGGUGAACUUUGCCUUUUAUCAUCAAGAAACCAAAUAUUUCAGAUGAAAGCAUUGUGCCAAAAUGGUCUGUGAGAGUUCAGUGCCAAACGGAGUUGGCAGCGGGACCAGACGUUGUAGACGACAAGUGUCACUGGACCGUUAUAUCACAGAUACACAUGUUGAGUCAUGGGAGCACCGGGGGUUAAAUCCUCACUCUCUGAUUGGAUGCACUUAUGAGGGCUGGGCCCAAUUUACCUCAAAAUGAUGAUAAUGAACAUGCGGAUUCCACUUGGGUGAGGGCAAGAGGAUGUGGCCUCUUCUAAAGAGUUGAUAACUUCACAAAUCCGCCUUUUAACGCACAAGAAUUACCUCAAUUUUCAGCACAAUUUACCAAUAUUUCAGCGUGGAUUUAAACAAACGCAUCACACAGGCAUUACAACAGCCUGGUUUAUUAUUAAAGUGGAGCUGUUAGCACAUCGAUGGCGAGCCAGUUUGAUUCCAUAGACCCAGCUGCUUUGAACUCAACACCUAGUUUCACCAGUAAGAUUGUUUUUUGCUUUUCAGUAUUAACUCAUGUUGCAUCCAUUUCUUUCUUUUUUUUUUGCAGAAUUCUAUCUUUAAGAUCCUUAGGUCUUCACUCUUAAAGAGGAAAAACAUGUAUUUUAAAACUUUUGCUUUUCUUUUCUUUUUUUGUUGCAUGCUUUAAAAAGUCCUUGUAUUAUAUUGAUAGGUGUUGAAAAAGAUGGGGUGGGGUAGCUGACUAUUGGGAUGGUUUUUACCAAAAUAUAUACCCAAAGAUGUGUAUGUGUGUGUUUUAGGGUUGCGUUGGAUGGGAUUAACCUUUGACCUUUGCGAUUGUAUUUCCUGUUCUCAAGAGGCUCUGCAGAGCACAACCUGUUGGGCGAGCCGAGCCUCGAGCCCUGAGGCCGUCUUCAGAUAGAAAAGCAGAAGGCUGCUGCGCCCCUCCACCAUUGGUGCUUACUUUACUUUAGCUCCCUCUAGUUUGCAUAUUAGACAUAUUAACAUACUGUCCUUCCGUAGAUGGUACCUCCCCAAAUACGAUGAAUCCACAAGGUGGCCGUUUUGUGUUUGACUUAGUGAUGGGAACUUGCUCGCUGUCAUGUGAGAAGCAGCUAGCUUCCUGCAGCACAAACUAGCAACCAGCUUCCUUCCUCGUCUUUAUAAGAAUCCAGGAAGUGCGGCGAGGGCUGCUCAGCACGUGAUCGGUUGACUGCACUCCUGUUCAGUGUUUCUUUUUAAUGUUUUUAUUAUUGGGCCCCUGUGGUUUUUUGUCCACCAUUUUUAUUGCUGGCCUCUCACGGCUUUAAGAGAGAAAAAGCAAAGCUGCACCAGGUGACGUGUGCAAGGUCGUAGACCCUCUUUUAAUGAUUGUAUACUCUAAAGACAGAAAGACAAAAAAAAAAGGUUGGAAAAUUAAGAAAGGAAAAAAAAAAAACUCAGGUAGUUCUCAGCGGCCCUGUCGCUCAUUGAAACGUGUCCCGUAGUGAUGAUGUAGUACCUCCCCCCCCUCCUCUCCUUAUGCCCCCUCAGUACUAGUCUGAUUCUUUUGUGUGCCCCCUUUACAUAUUAUAAAACAAAUUAUUUCUAAAUCUGAAACACUUUCAAUUAGCUCCCCCGAUUCAUCUUUGGGUUGGUUUUUUUUGCCAAUUUUUCUUUUACAAAAAGUACAAACGCUCUCCACCGCCUGACGUCCAUUGGCCCUUUUAGAAUGUAUUUUGUGAAGAAAAGGGUUAUACGGCGUCUCGUUGAUGCUCGCUGACCACAGCCGGCUGCCGGUCGCAGAACAAGACACGACGCAGAGUUUUCUAUUCGACGCUAAAUGUUCCACACCAGCAAUACCUCGAGUGUGAGGUGGAAUCAUGUGUGUGUGGUGGAAACAUGCGGCACUGCGUUUGUAUUUCUGAACCAGCUUUAAGACAGCCUUUACCCCGACAGGAGGCCUGAGGGUCUGACAGCCAGUUAAUCAUGUCCAAAAAUCUUGUUUGCGUUGUGUCCUGUUCUCCCGGCAGUUGGGUGUGUGAGAGUGUGUUUGGUGUUUGUGCGCUGCAUCCGUGUUGUGUAAGCAGAAAUCCACUGAAUGUAUCCUCCAACAGUCCAAGAGGCGGGGAGGGCCGGGGUGGUCCGCUGAGUUUAGAUGGUUGCUGCUGGCGCUUCCUCAUGCAGGUGUGUGUGGGUGUGUGUGUGUAAAAGAGGGAGUGAUCGUUGACUGAUGAUAAACACACACACACACACGCUCGUCCUGCUGAGUUUAGUGCAGAUGUCAGGUUUAAGUCUAAAUAAGGUAAAGGAGACUAUAAUAUAUUGGCCACCUGCUGCUCUCUCUGUACUCUGUGGACUUUAAACAUUUCCUAUGCAGUUUUUGUUUGUUUUUUUGUUUACACUUAAAUAAAGUUGUAUUUCUUUGACUUCAAAACUCGGAGUCUUUCUUUGCUCUUAAACUGAACAAACACUGUUUAUCUUUUUAUUGUUGUGACCUUGGAUGAAGCACAGCAUAUGCUUUUAUAGUGGCAAUAGUUCAUUGCUAUUUCAUUGGGCAAUCCCAUCAUUUAAUGACAUUCAUCAUUUGAAGUUAUUACCAUUUCUUUUUAUGUAAAAUGCAAAACGAUUGCACUGUUCUGAAAUAAAGAAAAACAAUGACUGAAAUAAAAAAGAUACAUAUUACAAUAAGAGGUAGAUCUGGUAUUUGAACCAUUUUAGACUCAUUUCUUAAAUAAAUUCAAGCCACUUUUCAA